UGUUUUUUAGGGUAGUCUCGGUACAUUUCCGCGGAGUUUAGCUGCCAUCGCCAUUUCGAGUAAAUUUGGAUAGUUUGAAAGAAAAGGAAGGAUUUCACCAGGAGGCAGGGGCGUGCAUGGCAGAGGGGCGCCGUAGUAGGGACCCCAUCAAGGUCGCUCACUGCCAACCUGGAACUCAUGGAAUUAGAAAAUAUAGUAGCCAAUACUGUCUACUUGAAAGCUCGAGAAGGUGGCUCAGACAGCAAUAAAGGCAAGAGUAAGAAAUGGAAGAAGUUGCUGCAGUUCCCUCACAUCUCACAAUGCCUCGACCUCAAAGAUAAAAUUAAUUCAAGCUACAGCUACGUAGUGGACCAUCAGCCCAUUGGUUGCUUGCUUUUUCGGCAGUUCUGCGAGCAGCUUAAGCCAAACUACCACAAAUUCAAUUGCUUUCUUGAUGAAGUUGAUCAAUAUCAGGUUGCUCUUCCGGAGCAGUGGUCAGCCGUUGCACAGCAGAUCUUCAAUAGAUACCUUAGUGAAAAGUCAAGCAGCAAUGUACUGGAGGUGCUACCAGCUGAAGAAGUCAGCAAGUGUCAGCAGGAGUGUUUCCAGGGCGAUGCAGCCGCGGGCAAAGAGGUCUUCUCUAUCUGUGUCCGCACUGUCAAAAGCUUCCUCUCGGGGGUGCCUUAUGAACAGUUCGAGGACUCCAUGUACUUCCACAGAUAUUUACAAUGGAAGUGGCUUGAAGGUCAACGCGUGACGUACAAGACGUUCCGGCAGUACCGUGUGCUGGGCAAGGGAGGCUUCGGCGAGGUCUGUGCGUGUCAGGUUCGAGCCACGGGCAAAAUGUACGCAUGUAAGAAGCUCGAGAAGAAGCGUAUAAAGAAGAGGAAAGGCGAGAACAUGGUGCUCAUUGAGAAACAAAUACUUCAGAAAGUCAAUUCUAGAUUUGUGGUGAGCCUAGCGUACUCGUACGCGACCAAGGACUCGCUGUGCCUGGUGCUGACCAUCAUGAACGGCGGCGACCUGAAGUUCCACAUCUACAACAUGGGCGUGGAGGCAGGCUUCGAUCUCGAGAGAGCUGUCUUCUAUUCCGCAGAGGUGGCGUGUGGUCUGGAAUGCCUGCACAACCUUGGCAUCGUGUACAGAGAUUGCAAGCCGGAGAACAUCUUGCUCGACGACCACGGCCACGUCCGCAUUUCAGACCUCGGUCUUGCUGUGGAAAUUCCCGAAGGAGAUUUGGUCCGAGGUCGC